AUGGCUACUCCACCAAAUCCUCAAUCGUCAACGAAAGUCAUUCGAAUACAGGAAGAUGAAAAAGCAAUGAUUACAAGAAAUACGAGGUGUAAUGCAUCCGACUGGAAUACCGAUUGUUCUACAUCUCUAAAUGCCGCCAAAAGAAUAAAAGAUCCUCGCUCGAAUGGCACUGACGCGUUAUAUGUGCGUUCAUCUACUCGUGGUUUAACGCAAGUUCCCGAACAAAUCUCUCUACCUAACUUAGAUCAUGAAAUGGACGACGACGAAGACGGCGGUGGUGACGACGAUGACAUUGAGGGACUGAACAAUAGCGUCGAAGAGAAUCAUACAGGUAUGGACAAUGAUCAGCAGCAGCCGUCGAGCCCUACGAUGACAAAUGGAAGUGAUGAGCAUCAUGAAAUCAACCGUAUAAUGACUGAUGAUGAUGAUCAAAUCCAACAAAUUCGACACCCAUCGAUUGCUGCCGCUGCAAAUCAUACGCGAAGACGACCAGUUUUAUUUACGAAUCAUAAACGAUCAAUAUCUUCAUCGACAAUCAACAAUAGUACGGGUGACUUGUUUUCUGUACGUGCACAUUUACAAAAAGCUUUACACGAACUCGAUCGUGCACUUAUCUCGAGAGAUAAUCAUCAUAUUGAUAAUGAUGAUCAACAUCGAUCGAAUUUGACGAAAACUCAUCUGUUAACUAACGGCCACCGUCAUUCGAAACUAGAUGAUAUCGUACGAACUUUGUCGACUGUUGUUAAUCAACAGCAAGAAAAUACUCGUCUGAUUAUCGAUGAAUCAUCCGUUCUAUUAGUUGACGAUGAGCAAAAACAGGCAAAAGACGAUCAGUCGUCCGUGAGAUUAUCAUCGACAACACAAGAAUCGAUUAAACUUGUUCUGGAACGCUUAAAUGCUCUUGUCGAUCGGGGUAAUUUAAUUUAUGAUCGAGUAGAAAGUAUUCUUUCUGAACUUUGA